GCAUAAUGUCUCAGUUCAGUGGAACAUGGGAAGACAGAGAAGUGGACCCAAGUAUGGGACCAUUUAUGGAUGCGAUAGGAUUAGGAGAAUACAAGGAUAAAUAUAUGGGCGCAAGAUCGACGGCAACAUACGAUAUAAACGGCAAUAACUGGAAGGUGACGUGGAAAACCUCUCUGUUUCCGGAUAAUCCCAUGACAUAUGACAUUCAGGUCGGAAAAGAAUUUGAUGGUAAAGGCCCAGAUGGUUCCGAUGUAAAGACAACUCUCACAGUAGUCAGCGACUGUGAAACAAAGGAACACGAGGUAACAAAUUUUGAAGACGGGAAAAACCGGGAAUUCAUCAUCACUAGAAAGGUUACCGGAGACGUUAUGGAUGUUACGGUUGAAGCCGUUACUUCUAAGGCUACGAUGAAAGGGAAAAUGUACAGGAAGAAGUAGUCCAAUGACCUCGUUUUGCCCGAUCUAUUAGGUACCAGCAAAAUGUCAAAUUCAGCAAACAGAAGGUCUAUUACAAACUCCCGAAUCGGACAAUUACAAAACAUUAGAGCGGUUGAGAAAAAAAGAAGAAGAACGGAUUCCUAGCUUUACACUGAUAUUU